UGUACCGUGGCCUUGCUUUGCCCGACGCGCAGUCGCCAGAAAGACCACCAUGUCCAAGAAGUUCUUCCCGCUGUCGCCCGGCUUCUUCAAGUGCCCGCCCUUGAGCCGGCAGGAGGGCGAGCACCUCAUCGCGCUCGGGAAGCAGUCCAGCCUCGACUUUAUCAAGCACGCCAACCUCGAGGCCAACAAGGACGUGGUCUGGAACGAGUUUGGCAAGAAGCAGAACGUCAUGCUCUAUCGUGGCGUCAACACCAAGCCGCAGGCAACACACUUUGUCAUGCUCUGCGCCGUCGCCGAAGUCGCCGGCUCGCUCGAAGAGGUGGCGGCCAUGCACGCGUACAACACACCGGAGAAGCUGCGCAAGUACGUCAAUGACUCGGAGGACCUCGUGGACAUGGUCACGCUCUACGACCUGACGCCGCCACACGACACAUCGUCCAGCGCACCGCGCCGCCUCCUACCACCGUCCUCAUCGCUCAAGGUCUCGGUGCAGUGGGCCGGCAUGAAGGUGCCCGCGGCCGCGUCCGCGUUUGUUUUCAACCGCGACUUUUGCUACAUUGAGACGCAGGACUUUUUCGUUGAUGCCAAAGGCCGGCGCGGCUGGGCGCUCUCCCAGAACUCGAUGGACCUUGCGUGCUGCCCGCAGUUGCCGUCGGUGUUUGGCUCGAUCCGCGGCUCGCUCGAGCGGUCGGGGUACACCUUUGUCGAGUCGGAAAACCACGGCUACCUCAAGGCAACGCAAAUGUUCCAGGUCGACUUUCGCGGCAAGAUCCCGAUCUGGGUCCAGAACCUUAUUCUGAAGGGCCGGCUCAACACGAUGAUCCACUUCAACACGCGCGUGCACGAGUACCGCCUCAAGUCGGUCGAGCUCCUCACCGAGUUUGACGUGCGGCGCACCAACACGGCCGCGCGCACCAACUGCUACGUCUGCCGCAAAAAGUUUCGGUUCCUGAAUCGCAAGUUCCAGUGCCGCAAGUGCGGCGAGGUCGUCUGCUCGAGCUGCCAGCACACGUGGAACAUUGACAUUCCGCACAGCGACCGGAAGCGCAAGGUGACCAUCUGCUCCAUGUGCACGGCGUCGGUCCGUAACGGCAACUUGAGCUCGCUCCACCUCUCGAACGAAUCCUUCAAUGGCCCUGUGUCGGGGUCGCUCUCGGUGCCGUCGCUUUCGCGCGCGUACUCGUACGACGAGUUUAUGCACGUGCCGAUGAAAGGGUCGUUUGCGCUCCGGAAGAAGUCGCACUCCAACUCGGUGGACCUCGACGUGAGCGGGUACAGCGAGGUUGACGACCCGGGCUACGAGGCGCCGUGCGUGCCCGUGGACCUCGACUCGCUCCUUGGCGAGUCGCCGCCGAUCGAUGCGCGCUGGGGCGAGGGCGAAGUCGCCCUCGAAGAAGAGUGCCACGAGUACAAGCCCAACUUGUUUCGAAAGGGCUUUUGUAUGAACUGCCAGAAGCAGCACGAGGUCACGGACGAAGGGGACAUCUCGCUCACGCGCCGCUUCACGCGCAUUCACGUGCAGCCCGGCAAGACGGCGGCGAGCGCCGAGUUCAACCCACUGGCGCUGCCCGAGAACAGCGCGCUCUCGAUGGAGCUGCGGCGAUCGCGCUGCGACUCGAGCGACUCGACGAUUAGCUUGCCGCGGUCGCGCCUCGGGUCGCUCGACAUUGAUGACGAGACCAACAACGCGAGCAUGUUCAAGCGCAAGGGCAUGCGCGUCCUUAUGAACCAGAUGAGCGACCUCAUGGAGGAGUACGGAGCGGACGACCCAGCGGCGUUGGACGCGAGCGCGCUCGAAGCCAAGCUUGCGUCGCUGCAAGCGCAACUCGAGAGCCUCCAGCUCGACCAAGCAAGACUCAAGAAGAGCACCGUGGUCCGCGUCUAAGCCGCGCUUAUUUAUGCGACAACACACAGAAUCUAGCCAGUCCCACGACUACAUACACCACCAAGAUGAUAUGUUAUCCCUC